AUGGCCCUUGCAAAAGAUGAAGAUCCCAGAAACUGCAGGGAGGGUCGUUGUAGCCACUUCCUCGUGGUGGCCUACGGCAUCCAAGGCCACAUCAACCCUGCGCGUACUCUCGCCCAACGUCUUGCUCAGAUUGAUGGCUGCACCGCCACUCUCUCCGUCCCGAUCUCUGGGCACCGCCGCAUGUUCCCAUCCCAUGAAAACUCCUGUGAUGAUGAGGUCAGAGAUGGAUCCAUCUCCUGCAUCCCCUUCUCUGAUGGCAAAGACGAUGGGAGUUGGCCUAUAGAGUCCGAAGAUAGGGUGCAACGCCGUGAAGCAAACUUCAGAAGCCUCUCAGCUAUAGUCAGCAAUCUUGCAACCAGUGGCCGGCCAGUCACCUGCAUGGUGUGCACCCUUAGCCUGCCAGUAGUUGGUGAGGUAGCUCGUGAGCACAGGCUUCCAUUGGCCAUCUAUUGGAUCCAACCUGCAACUGUCCUUGCCGCUUACUACCACUAUUUCCACGGGCAUGACAAGCUCAUCGUUCAACAUGGCACCAACCCAGGAAAUGAGGUAAAUCUUCCAGGCCUACACCCCCUUAGAAUCCGUGACAUGCCAACAUUUUUCACUGAGAAGACGCUGGACGAUUUGUCUAAGAUGGUCCUCCAAGCAUUACGUGAACUGUUCGAGCAAAUGGACCAAGAGAAGCCAAUAACUGUUCUAGUGAACACAUUUGAUGCACUAGAAGAUGUAGCGCUAAAAGCAAUCCAACCAUACAUGGACAAUGUAUUUGCCGUAGGGCCAGCAGUUCCUCCUGUUGGUGCACCAAAACACAAAAAUGCAAGUGAAGCACAAAUCCAUCUCUUUAAACAUGAUGAGAAAAACUGCAUGGAGUGGCUUGACGCACAGCUCGAGAAAUCUGUUGUCUACCUGUCUUUUGGGAGCUUGCUGUCAUAUACCAAAAGGCAAGCAGAAGAGAUCUUGCAUGGCCUGCAGGACCAUGGGCAACCAUACUUGUGGGUGGUGCGCGUAGAGGGGCGUGCGGAAGAGGUGGAUUUUUGUUUGAGGGAGGUGAAGGCAGGCAAGGGGAUGGUCGUGGAGUGGUGUGACCAGCAAAAGGUAUUGUCUCAUCCAUCAAUAGGUUGUUUUGUCACUCAUUGUGGUUGGAACUCAACAUUAGAAGCCAUAGUGUCUGGUGUACCGAUGCUAGCCGUGCCAAGUUGGUCAGACCAGCCGAUGAAUGCAUAUUUAGUAGACAAGGAAUGGAGGGUGGGUAUUAGGGCAGAACGUGAUGAAACGGGAGUGCUAACAAGAGAGGAACUUACAAGUUGUUUGGAUUUGUUAAUGGGUGGCAGUGAUAAAGCAAUGCAGAUAAGGGCAAAUGCUAAGAAUCUUAAGGAGAGAGCACAUGAGGCGGUAGCGACAGAUGGUCCGUUGGAGACAAGUCUUCGGAACUUUAUCAAGAGCAUUCGAAAUCUAAACCAAUGGAGAAAAUGA